AUGGCCUGUACCUUUGUGUUUCCAUCUUUGCAAGCCAACAAUGAGCUCGAGAUCGGGAACGGGUUGCCGAAAGAUCUCAAAUCCCUUUUUCACCUCCUAAGAGGUAUUCAUUCGAUCAUUGAUCAAGCACGUGCAGAUGCAGCGUUCCUGUCCCCAGAAGAGCGCGUUCUUCCGCCAGAAGUAAGAAAACUCUGCGAGUCGAGCGCCUCAUGGCCGACUAUCUAUCAGAAUGCCAUUGACACGCUUGAAUACUGUGCUAUGGCGAACGGAAUGGUGAUUCCGUGGAUAGUGAUGGCUGGUGAAGAUUUUGUGGAGCAGGUUGAAAACAGAGAGCCUUUGGCAUUGUUAAUCUACGCUUGCUGGGCAGCGCUGAUGGCACGGCAGGAGAUGUGGUGGACUAGAAUCACGGGCCAGAAGAUUGUGCGAGCUCUAGGGCAGUCCGAACAGGAUGAAGAAUGGAAUCGUGUUCUGCGAUGGGCAAAAGAGAUAGCUCAUGCAGAGACUUGCAGCUAA